CUUAUUCCUGGACGCCCCGCCCCUGCACGCAGAAACCUAGCACGUCAGGCUGGAGGCCAGGGCGGAGCCCUUCUCCCUGACCAGCUAAAUGCCCGCAUAACGGAGGUUUUUGGCUGGGAAGGGCCUCCAGCCACAUGAGUCUCCGCAUGCCAUCUGCUGCAGGGAUAUAGCGGGACCGGACCGGACUGGACGGGAGGGGCUCGCUGGUCUGCUGCUGUGAGACUGUGGGGUGGAACUCAGGCUGCAUGCACACCAUGCAUUCAAAGCACAUGAUUUCCCACAAAGAUUCUUGGGAACCGUAGUUUGUUAAGGGUGCUGGGAACUGUAACUCUGAGGAACCACAGAAGUAGUGUAGGAGUCACGGUCAUGCCAUCGGCUGAACUGACUGGCCUUCAUGGUGGCCAGGAGACAGCUUGAUCUGUGGGAUCCGAUCCACUGGGCAGCUCUCCUGAGAGAGGGGAAUGGCAUCACUUGAAGCAGCACCACCACCACCAGCAGCAGUCUCCCCCAGCAGGAUGUUUCGUAAGGAGAAAAGUAUCCUGCUGAAGGACAGCAGCCUGGCCCUCUACAACAACCUGAGUGUGCUUCCCCUCCCAGCCAAGCAGCUCACCUACUUUGCCAGCGUCCAUGGCAGCACCGUCAACAUGGUGAGCGCCUCCGACGACGGCCUCAGCUUCUCGCAUCGCCAACUGCAGGCCAAGGAGGGCACCCUGGGAGUUGGCGCCUCCAUCAUCACCCAGGCUGCCUGGUGUGUCCUUCCUUCUCGGGUCCUCUUGGUGCUGACUUCACGGAAAGGGAUUCAGAUGUACGAGUCGGAUGGGUCCAUCAUGGUGUUUUGGCACGCUCUGGAGGGCAUGGAGUCAUCGCUGGCAGGGAAAGCUGUAUUUGCUCGUGGGAUUGCAGCGACUGGACAGCGCUUUGUUUGUGUAGGGACAUCCUUGAGUUCGGUUCUCAUCUUCGACAUUCCCCCCAAAGGCUCUAACAUCACGCUCAGCGAAGUCCUCGAGAAGCAUUGCAGCUCCAUCACUGACAUUAGCGCGGAGCUGUGCCAGCAGCCGGACAGAGGUGCUGACUUGGUGACAGCAGAUGACUCCGGAGCCUUGUGCAUUUGGGGUUCUGGAGAGAAGUUCACGCUGGUCAACAAGAUCCCAGCUUCUGAGUGUACCUGCUCCUCUGUGAAGCUGUGGAAUGGGAUCAUUGCUGCUGGUUAUGGGAAUGGACAGAUUCGUCUGUAUGAGGCCGCAAGUGGAACCCUACGAGCCGAGGUCAGCGCUCAUGCACGCUGGAUCUAUGCACUGGACCUGGCACCGCUCUCAGGGAAGUUACUAUCUGCAGCUGAGGACUCCUUUGUGCACGUCUGGAAACUGAGCCCGAGUCAAGAUGCUGAAGGCAUUGCGAUUGAACACUGCCAGGCAGAAUGUGUGGCCGACACCAUGAUCUGCGGUGCCCGCUUCUGCAACCCCGAGGGCAGUGCCUUUGCUGUCACCGGCUUUGAGCUCAGCGAGAUCAUCCACUACGUACUAGUGUAGCCCUUCCCGGCUGCUAGAGCCAGAAAAGGGGCAGGCUGAUGCUGUCCGGGCAUCCUGCAAGGUUUAGGCUAGAACAGUAAAACUGGGGGCAGGCGACAGGAAUCUGGGGUACAAGCCUCCCUCACUUGGCUCUCCUUCAGGGCCACAGUUAUCCCCCUUCUGGUGAAUAGCUGCUUUGUCCUCAUAGCCUCCCUCCAUUCUGGGCAAGGCAACAAACAUGCACAAACCCUAAGGUGAUGGAACCAGACGGUUACUCUGGCUCCAGAGCAGUAGAACCACACUUGCCCAGGCGGUGGGAGAGAAGAGCCGAGAGUAUGUAUCUAUUUCCCCAACGUCUUCCCCAGCUUGCCAGCAGGAAUCUCACAAUGAGGAACCUACUCACCUACCAGGGAAAAAAAUAAAACUGACCCAUACACAGGGAAAUGAGUGUAAGCAGGGAGGCGGAUUGCAAUUUUUAUUAGUAGCGAUUUUAUCAAGAAGGUGGCUGGCCCCCAAAUAGCCAUCCUGCUAUCUCAGAAAGGAGAUGGGCUCCAAUGGCCCAGACCUUGGUUUGCUGGAAUCUAGGCUGCAUAACAGCUUCCCCUAAAGGGGGCACACAGUAAGGGGAUUGUUCAGGGCAGGCCUGAUCGUGGUCUCUCCCACCUUUCUUCAGCUAGCUGCUCCUCUCCCCCUUAUCCACAGGGCCAGGGGUGGGUGGUGGUAGUGGGGCUGCUGGCUUUCUCCUGCAACAGCCUCCUGCAACUGGUUCUCUCCUGCUUCUGGCUUGGGCCAAACAGGCCCUCGGAAAAGCCGUCAAAAAUGACUUUUCCCCAUCACCAAGUGGCUCAGCCCACCAAGAUGAGGCUCUUGCCGGACAGAAAGAAAUACUGUUGGGUAUAGGAGAGCGCUCAUUGCACCCAUUCUGAAGCCUCUGCUGGCUUCUCAGUGGCCUAGUGCCUUGCACCCUUUCUCCCUAGGCUGGAGCAGCAGCAGUCAGUUGAGGGCAGGAAUGGGAGGACCUGUGGGGCCCCCGAGGUUGGCUCGGGCUGAUCAGAGCUGGAAGCCUAACAGCAUCAGGAGAGCCAGGGAGAAGGUGGCAAAAGAAGCCCCCAUGAGGGCUCACCGAGGGGCCAGUUGGUCACAAAUGUAACGUCGUUUGAUGAGAAUUAAGUUUGAAUGUUUCCUGUUUCAGUCUAGGAGCUGAAGUGUAUUUGCUAGAUGAAUAAAGAUGUUACCUGCUAGCUGACAACAUGGACGCAUCCGAUUGUUUUAAAACAUAAAACACAUAGUGGAGCAUGUUGAGCCUCUCCCACUCCCAACAUGAUAGUUGUGGCAUGUACGCGCAGACACAGAACGGCAGCAUUCUACAUGCACCCUCUAUACGCAGCACAAGUCAUCGAGGUCGGCCUUUGGCUCCCAGGCCUUUGGGCCAUUCUUUCUGUGGCCCAUUUACCCCUCUAUAACAUGGGAAUACAUGUAAUGAUCUCGCUGGAGGAGAAAUUGCUCCGCCUUCCAACAUUGCCAACUAGGCGCUCUCUAGUUAUAGGGGCAGAUCCAGGCUGCAGCUUCAGGUUCUUGCUCUGGUUCCCAGGAGAGACAUGGAAAGGAGGAUGUGGCUGCAUGGACUCUUCCAGAGAAACCUCAGUCUGCCAGUGUUACGAAGCAGCCAGCUAUAAAAAGCACUGACAGGAGGGGGGGUGUCCUUAGUACAUGGUACUUUCUUUAGCCACAAAGAACCUAUAGGCCAAAAUCCAACAGAGAGACAGGCAAACUCAAGGGCAACUACUGCUUGUUUUGAUCUGGAGGAAUAUCAAGUUUGGCACCGUAUGUUGCAACACAGAAGAGGGCUGGGUGCCAGACAGCACAGGCAGGGGAGCUGUAAGCAGCAUGGCCAACUAUAAACAGGCUCUGAUCACAUUCUCCUCCACCUCUCCCACCACUCCAGCCUGUCCUUUACUCCACUUUCCUUGCAACCAACAUCAAGCUUCCUUUGGUGGCACUUUGGCAGUCUCCUCUAGGGCCCGUGUGGGAAUUGCCAGACUGCUACACCUCAGUCAUGAAGGAUUCCGUACAAAACCACUACUUUUCUAUUAGCUGCUGCAAAUGUCAAGGGGGCUUUGCUG